GCUUCAUUUGAUUCGAUUACAAACAAUAGAGAUGGCCGUCAGCUUUGGCAAAGGAUUGCUUGUCCUCCUCCUAACCUUAGUAGCCACCUUGGCAAUUAGCCAAGCUGAAACAGUUGUUGUUGGAGGGUCUCAGGGAUGGCGCUACGGCUACAAUUACAAUAAUUGGGCAAAGAAUCACGGUGCCUUUUUCCUCGGCGACACACUAGUGUUCAAGUAUGGUCCUCCUAGCAAAAUCUCGAGGCCUCACAGCGUGUACCUGCUGCCAAACCUGUACAGCUUCUUGACAUGCGAUUUUAGGGGCGCAACCCGGUUGGCAGGUCUGAAUCAAGGACGUGGAAAUGGCUUCUCCUACGUGCUAAAUCAGGUCAGACCUAACUACUUUGCUAGCGGAGAGGGCGACGACUGCGAGAAAGGAUUGAUGAAAUUCGUUGCCAUACCUCUGUAUCGUCCUCCAUUCCCCUGAUGUGUUUCGCCAAAGCCACAAUCGAUCUGCAACAUGCUUCUGAAAAAUAAGAUUGGAUACGCUUCAUUAUUUGGUUUUUCGUGUGAUAUGUAUUGUAAUAAACUGGAAACAGUAACAAAUAAAUGCUUGUGAUUUUUCUUGUACGUAAGCCUGUUGCAAAAUAAUUAUAGCCUCCUUUUGGGCACCAAUGAUUCUCUCUA